GUGGCGUCGCAGUGCCAGUCUCGCUCCGCUUCUGUCGCCGCCGAGGUGCUCCGCCCACUGCCGUACCACGCUACGCACGACCUGUCGCUCCAGAUGUUACGUAUCGCAAAGUCGCUGCCGCUGCUGCUGCUGUUGGCGUCGUGGGCGUCGGCCGCUCCGGCCGUCGUCUCGGCGCCCCUGUCGAUGACGGCGCCGGCGUCCUCGUCUUCGGACGAGUCCGAGCUGGCACCGUCGCCGUGCAAGACCUACUGGACGUACACCGGCUCCAAGGCGGACUGCCGGGCCGCCGGGCUGACCGACCUGCCGGCCUCGCUGGACCCGGCGGCGCAGCAGCUCGACCUGUCCGACAACAACCUGACGGCACUGCGCAACGGCUCGCUGGCGGCGCUGGGGCUGUCGGCGCUCGAGCUGCUCGACGCGGGCGCCAACGCGCUGGCUGCCGUCGAGCCGGACGCGUUCCGCGGGCUGCGCCUGCUGCGCACCGUGCGCCUCAGCGACAACCGGCUGCGCGCGCUGCACGCCGACACGUUCGCGCACAACCCGCGCCUGCAGGAGCUCUUCCUGGACGGCAACCCGUUGGCCGCGCUGCCCGCCGACGGCGCCUGGCUGCGCGCGCCGCUGCUGCUCGUGCUCGACGCGUCGCGCUGCGGCCUGGCCGCGCUGCCGCGCCGCGCGCUCGCCGCGCUGCCGCACCUGCGCGCGCUCUACCUCGCGCGCAACAGGCUGCGCGCGCUGCCCUCCGCGCCCGGCGCCUUCGCUGCCUCGUCGGCACUGCUCUUCCUCGACCUGUCGGCCAACCGGCUGCGCGACCUGCCUGCCGGCGCCUUCUCCGGGCUGGGCGCGCUGCGCAGGCUCGACCUGCAGGACAACGAGCUGCGAGCGCCGCCCGCCGCCGCAUUCGCGCCUCUGCGCUCGCUGGCGCGCCUCGAGCUGGGCGGCAACCCACUGGAGUGCGAUUGUGCGCUAUACCCGCUUCGCUCCUGGGCCGCCGCGCGCAACCUGUCCGUGCGUGCGCACUGCGCCGCCACCGGCGCCGCCUGGACGCUGCUCGACAACCUCGACUGCCCGGCCUGAGCCGCCGCGGCGCCACACACCACCCGCCGCCACUGCACGUCUCUCCGGCAGCAGCUCCCGGCGGCUACUCACUCGAACGGUGCUUCACUUUCCUUUCGCCCACACCGCUCGUGUUUCAUCCAUUCCAUUUCGAGCACUGUGUAAACAGUUUCCAUUACAGUGCAACCCGUUACUCUCCCUCUACUGGAUGCUCCUAGCUGACAUCACUCUCUAACACUCUGUAGCUCUAUUUCUGUACCACAUUCCAGCCCGUAUCUCUCAUUCGCAUAUUUCCCCAGUGGCAGUUCCUAACACAUAUUCGACUGCCUCACUUUCUUCUUUAUUUCUUUUCUGUGACUGUUUCUGUCAUUUAAAUGGUUCCCAUUAGAAUGUCGCUCAUUGCUCAGUCUACUGUGCUACAAAAAAUAGAACACAUUCUUCCAUCGUACGUACAUUUGCCCGACGUAUUCUCCAAAAGUAAUACGAAAGCACUGUGUACUUCUGUUUACGUCUGCUUUUUCUAUCCCUGUAAGUUCAGGCACAUUGAAAUUUCUAAAGAAUUGUCAGUGACUCACCUCUGAAUGUGUACCCUGCAUACAGGAACAAAAUGUUAGUGAAUAGUUUUAAGCAGUGACUACAGCCUCUCCACCUGGAAGUAUUAACAGAAGAAACAAUUAUUUUCCAAAUGCCAGUUUUUCUUCUUCUGUGCUCAAGUAGCAUUAAUAGCAUUCAUCCGGCCACUUCUUUACAACUGUGCUCCUCUCAGUAUCAGUACCAUCUUUAUUUUAUUAGCACUUGACACAGUUCUUGUCACAGUUUAUGAGAUUCAUCAGUAUUUAAUGCAUGUUUCACGAACAAUGUCAAAAAUUACUUGUGUCUUCUGUUCAAAAUAUGAUUGUACAUGUUAAUUUCUCUAUUAAUAUUACCUAAUGAUGCAAUCUCUAACCCAAACUAUGACCCAAAUAUUAGUGUACUCACUAAAUUGUGACUGAGUAGCUAUUUAAUUGUUACUAAAAUUAAAUAUUUACUGUAAUCAAUCUCUUCAUAUCCAUCACUCAGUCAGUAAUGAGUAAAUCAGAUUUCAUAUACAUAUGUUACCACAACAGUGGUAUGUGCUCUUGUACUGCCUAUGUUUUGUUGUCACACUGCUGGGAAUAUUGCAAGUGUCCUUGAGUGGCAAAUGUUGCUUCUAUGGUUCAUAUUCUCUUCCUUACGUUAUCCACACCUCCUGUCCACACACUUCCUUCCCUUGUCCUUCCUAUUCUGCUUCUAUCGUUGAGUAAACAAUUCUCACAGCAUUUAGUUUUAUCAUAUCCAUUUAGCUAUUCUUCCAUACUGUAAAUAAGUUUAGCAUACUAUGAUCAUUUUUCAUUUAUUUCAGAUAAGAAAAUCGUUCACUUUGAUAUGUGGAAGACUGUCUUCCUCACUCAUUACUUUUCCAAAGCAUAUUUUCAAUCAUGACUGAUGAUACCAUUGUACAAUGAACUACACAGAUGACACAAGUUCUUUGUAUGUGGUUUUAUGUUUCCCGACUGAUCAAACUCAGGAGAAUCCACACAUUGUACAGCCAGUGUAUAUACAGUACAGUAUUCAGGCUAUGUGGGAGUGUCUACAUAAGCUUCUUGUUUUUUCUUGGGCUUUAUUGGAUUCACUCUCUGACUGGAAAGUUAGUGUCUUAAUUGAACUACAUCGACAAUGUCGUUUUACAGUAUUCGUGAUUUUGUUGCUUAAUCACCUUUUGAGAACAGAAUUAUAUCUAUUUUCCCCUUAAGUUGUAUGUAGUGAUUUGUAGAAAACAUUUCAUUGACACUGCUACAUCCAAGAUUGUAGAUAUUUAUUUAUAUUUAUAGACUGAAGAUACAAUGUAAUU